AUAACGACCUUUCUCUUACUUAUGUAAAGAAACCUCUUACUACUGUCCUUCCAGAAGAGACCAGUACUAUAGAAGUCGACCCAAUCAAAGAAAGUUCGUCUAAUAACCUCGAUAAAGGAAAAAGUCCUGAAAUUAUUUCUUCAACUUCUACAACCUCUGAAACUAUUGCGCUUAAACCAACAAUUAGUGUCGACGAGUCAUUUGACGCGUCAGAAAAUAUCUUAGAUACUUCAACCAUCGGCUUUGAUGCUCCUUCGACCUAA